AAUUAUCGGAGAAACUUUUGGAAACGAUAGGCUGGUCUCACGGAAAGUUAAAACUAUUAACAAUUCGCUGUUUUCUUAUGAAACAUCGUGCCAAAGUGCAGGAGGCCGAGCCAAACGCAGAUAGUCGUGCAAACAGGGUAUUUAUUUUUUUUUGUUUACAACAAAACACAGCCGCUUGCCAGAAAACAUUCGCUUAAAUGUCCCAACACUCGAAAAAGGAGCAAAGCAAUAGCCAUGCGAUCCAGAGCAGUCGACACACCAGCAGCAGCAGCAGCAGCAUCAGUAGUAGCAGUAGCAACAACAAGACCCACAAACGGCAGGCGGCCAACGGCAAUCUAAAGGGAAAUAGUCACUCCCACUCCCACAGCCAAAACCAAUCCUCAGUCCCCACCAAGUCACCCAGCAACAGUAGCAGUAGCAGUAGCAGCAGCAUCGGCAGCGGCAGCUUAAGGAGCAGCAUGCAGGACACCAGCACCACCUCGGCCACAUCCUUGCUGAGCCGCAAGGAGAAGAACCAAAAAGACAAACAACGCGAACGGGAGCGCGUGGAACGGAGCCAGCUGGUCCUCUGGCGACGUCCCCUGCAGACAACCAAGUACUGUGGCCUCGAGCUGGCAGCUCUGCUCCGCACGUGGAGCACCAGACUGCUGCAGCAGCGACUCUUGCUGGUCGCCCUCAUAGUAUUAGGCAUCGUAUUUAGCGUAAUUUACAAAAUAGACGGCCCCCAUCAGCUGGCGAUCGAGUUUGUGCGUCGGAACACAUGGUUCUUCGUCUAUUGGCUCGGACUGGGCGUGCUAUCCUCGGUGGGUUUGGGCACUGGACUGCACACGUUCCUGCUUUACCUGGGGCCGCACAUAGCCAGCGUCACGCUGGCCGCCUACGAGUGCAAUUCGCUUCAAUUCCCACAGCCACCAUAUCCCGAUGACAUUAUUUGUCCGGAGGAGCCGUACGACAAGAAGGUGCCAAAUAUCUGGUCCAUCAUGUCCAAGGUUCGAAUGGAGGCCUUCCUCUGGGGCGCGGGCACAGCGCUGGGCGAACUGCCGCCCUACUUCAUGGCCAAGGCGGCGAGGCUCUCCGGCUACGAUCCUGAGGAUGCCGAGGAGCUGGCCGAGUUCGAGGCCCUCAACGCGAAGCGUCACCAAAAGAACCUCAGUCUGAUGGACAAGGGCAAACUGUUCAUGGAGCGCGUGGUGGAGCGCGUCGGAUUCUUCGGCAUUCUGGCCUGUGCAAGCAUUCCCAAUCCGUUGUUCGAUCUGGCUGGAAUAACCUGCGGCCACUUCCUGGUGCCAUUCUGGACGUUCUUCGGCGCCACGCUAAUUGGCAAGGCCGUGAUCAAGAUGCACAUCCAGAAGAUCUUCGUGAUCAUCGCCUUCAACGAGACACUGAUCGAGCGGGCCGUCGAUCUGUUGGCCUCGCUGCCGGUGCUUGGCCACAAAUUGCAGGAGCCGUUCAAGUCCUUCCUGAAAAACCAAAAGCAGCGACUGCAUCGCCAGCAGCGUGGAGCGGCCGGCUCGGGCACCGCAGCGGGAGAUUCGGGCAAUCUGCUGUCCAGGAUCUUUGAGACAUUCGUUAUUGGGAUGGUGUGCUAUUUCGUGGUGUCCAUCGUGAAUUCUUUGGCCCAGAGCUACCACAAGCGGCUACACAAAAAGCCGGCGAGCGGAUCUGCGACCACGCCCACUCGACUGGUGGUGCCGCCCCUCAACCAGAAGAAGCUGGGCAAGCAGAAAGCUUUACGGGAUUAGAGGAUCGUAUUGGAUCGGUGAAAAUGGAUCUGCUCUUUUGUGAAUCACCCUCAAAACCCAAUUCUUUUUAUUCGUUAAAAUUAUUUUGUUUAUUGCGGCUUUCGCUCUUAGUCAAAUUAUUCUAAAUGUGGAGUGUAUGCGAGUGAAAGAGAUGGCCCAACAGCCAGAGGAAUUUACCUUGUAGACUAGAUUAGGAAAAAAAAGUAACGCGAGUAGCAGAAAGCAGGCACAUUAAUAGCCAGAGCAAAUAAAAAAUAAAUAUAUAUAUUUUAGUAAUGUA